AUGGCCCGCAUCACCUUCCUCGCCACCCUGCUGGCCGCCUUCCUCCUCCUCCUCUCCGUCUCCGCCGGGCCCCUCAAGCACAAGGGCAAGCACUACGGCGGCCGCCUCGGCGGCAGCGGCAAAGACGUUGACGCCGACAUCGACGACGACGACGACGACCUCGUCAAGCCCCACCGCGCCGGCGCCCAGCAGUCCCACAACAACCGCGGCAAAGACGCCGCCGACUUCCACUUCAAGCCCUCGCACAAGCAGCACAUCACCUGUCCAUCGUCCAGCGGAACCCUCUGGACCGGCGGCCGCGGAACCAAGUUCGGGAUUCUCUGUGGUUGGGACACGCAGUCCCAUACUUACCACUACCCGCCGCUGCACCAUCUGAGCUUCGAGCACCAUGUGCACGAUUGUACCGUGGCGACUUAUGUGCCAAGGGCUGGGUGUUAUUUGGAGAAGCAUGCUAAUGGGCGUGGGUAUGUGAAGAGUGGGAAGAACACGCAGGUCAUGACUGCGAUUAAGAUGAACAAGGGGGGUGAUGUUGGGAAGGACAGGGACUAG